UGGGUUUGAGUGAUGUGUUCCUUUUUUGUAAUACCAUAACUUGCCUGUUGAGAUACUUAAAAAUAUAAAAGGCAUUGAAGAUUGCUAAAGUCCAGUGGCUCCAGUAAGGGAGCAGAACCUCCUGGCAACCCUGCAUUCAGAUAUUCUUUGAUGUGUUGAAGUUUCUGACCUUUAGAUAACUCUCCAUCUUCCAUUUCUUUAUGUAAAAUAGAAAGUAAUGAGCAAUGGAGGAUAAGAUCAGGCUUGCUCUCUUAGAAACCAAACGUUUUUGAGCUGGCCAUGAAGUGUGCUAGGGUCAGGUGGAAAUUAUUUGCUUUUUUUCUACAUGACUGAUAAAUACUUGCAUUAUUAAAAUUUACAUUUUUCCAAGUUACAUUUUUAGAUUUUAGAUUUACAGCUGAAUUAAAAAGGCUUUGGUAUUUUAAAAACAUGUUGGCAAUGCCACAGCAGGAGUAGAAGGAGUAUUCUAAACUCAGCUUUAGUGUGCAUAAGCAGAAGUAGAUUUUUUUUGCCUGCUAGUAAGCAUUUAGAUUUGUUGAUGUGAAAUAACUUUGAAGUCAUCACUUUCCUAACUUUCUUGAAAAGGUUGCCCUUCCUUCUUAAUUUCUCAUUCUUCUAGUUGACAAAUGAUAGUGCUUUUAUUGGUGAGAUUUAAAGUCAAGACAUCCAAACCAGCUACUUAGUCUGGGUGUGUUAAGUAGGAUGCUGAAAACCUAAAUUCAGUCUUAUCUGAAGUUGAACUCCAAGCUUGCCUUGUAAUUUGCUUUCAGGUGUUCUGUGUAGUACUUAGCACAUGAUUGCUUUGUAGUGUACCUCAACGGGAAGCUGCUGCUGAGAAUUCUGCAAGUGGUGUGAGGAGUGUUCCAUAAAAGCACCUUAAGUUUAGAUAACAGCACCAGUAGCUUUUAAACUCCUCUUAGUACAACAGGCUUAUCCCAGGGUGAUGAAGUGCUGGUGUGUGGGAUUCUUCAGAAGUGUGGGAAGAGAACUGUUCAAGUCUUGGAGCAAGCCCCUGCUUUCAGGUGUCUGAGAACUGGCUGGGGAACGCAGUGCAGGUCAAGGGGAGCAUCUUACAGCCACCACACAGUGACAGGCGUGGGGAGGGUGAUAUUUGGUGUUCUGACUGCCAAUUUUUUGUCCUUUAAGGCUGAAGUCAUGAGUUAAGGUUUUCUUUCAGGUUUAUAGUCACCUGCAUAUUUGCACCAGCUGGUUCAUUCCAUGCUGCUGGUAACCACUGCCUUCUGCUGACUGCUGAGGGCCCUGGGGAAACUCCUUGGGCUUCAUCCCAGUGUCCUGAAACAAAUGCACAGAGAGCUCUGCACACAUUCACUGUUACUGCUGAUCCAAAUGGGACCUUCCCUCUGAGCAAAUAUUUCAAACCCACUGUUGCAGCCAGCAGCACCAACACAGCCAAGAGCUUCAGCUGGUUUGGGCUUCUAUGUCAGCAGAAUGGUCUACCAUGUUCUGUUAUUGGGGAUUCCUCGUUGCUGGUGAUGGGUGAGCCUGAAAAACAACAGCUAUACUUGCACAUCAUAGGCUCCUCUUUAGCCCGUUGUGCUGAAGACCAGAGGUUCUGCCUGACCAGGAGUCUCUGUUAGCAACUGAAGUUAGCUGGAGAAUGGAAGGGGUUGAGUUUAAGGAAGAGUGGCAAGAUGAAGAUUUUCCAAGGCCCCUGCCAGAGGAUGAUCCUGUUGAGUCUGAUGCACUGGCUGCAGCUGGAGCAGAAAAUGAAGCUGAUACAGAGGGUAACGGAACCAAACUGAGGAAGAAACUAAUGGCUCCAGAUAUUAGCUUAAAUUUGGAUCCCAGUGAGGAAUCUGUUUUUUCUGAUGACUUGGAUGAAAGUGGAGAGAUUGAUUUGGAUGAUUUAGAUACUCCUUCAGAAAAUAGCAAUGAAUUUGAAUGGGAAGAUGAUCUUCCAAAGCCCAAAACUACUGAUGUCGUUAGGAAAGGCUCCCUGGCUGAGUACACUGAGGCAGAGGAGAAGGAUGACGGCCGCCGCUGGCGAAUGUUCCGGAUCGGAGAGCAGGACCACAGGGUGGACAUGAAGGCAAUUGAACCGUACAAAAAAGUUAUCAGUCAUGGUGGUUAUUAUGGUGAUGGGUUAAAUGCCAUUGUUGUGUUUGCUGUUUGCUUCAUGCCUGAGAGCAGCCAGCCUAACUACAGAUACCUAAUGGACAAUCUAUUUAAGUAUGUAAUUGGCACUUUAGAGCUGUUAGUAGCAGAGAACUAUAUGAUAGUUUACCUGAAUGGUGCAACAACACGGAGAAAAAUGCCAAGUUUAGGCUGGCUUAGGAAAUGUUACCAGCAAAUUGACAGAAGGUUAAGGAAAAACCUGAAAUCCUUGAUCAUAGUUCAUCCUUCCUGGUUCAUCAGAACUCUCCUGGCCAUCACAAAACCUUUUAUUAGCUCAAAAUUCAGCCAAAAAAUUAGGUAUGUCUUUACCCUGGCAGAACUAGCUGAACUCAUCCCCAUGGAAUACGUUGGCAUCCCAGAGUGCAUAAAACAGUAUGAAGAAGAAAAGUUUAGAAAGAAACAGAAAAGAGUUGACCAAGAGCUGAAUGGAAAACAAGAGCAGAAAAGUGAACAGUAAGUUUGGAGUCCAGACAAGACUGAAGAAUGCCCAGAUGGAAGGAUGCUAUUUGUGCUCCAUUACAGUGCAUUCUCUGUGUGUAUGUAUUAUAUAAUCUGUUGCAAAAGGUGCUUUGGAUUAGCACACCAUGAACUGCUUACUGCUGUAUUGGUUUGUCUUGACUUUACUUGCUGUUUUAUGUAAUCAUUUUGUACUGCUAAAUGGCAAAGAACCCUAUGUUUUCAGAGGAUGUUCUUGCAGCUGUUUAUCUAAAUGAUGCAUGUUCUUCAGUAAAAUAUUUAUAUAACUAAAUGUUAAAGGAAAGAGAUAAUAUAUAUAUUUUUAUGACUGAACAGUAUAGUGUGUGUACCUGCUGAAGGAAUUCAUUUGCAGGUAGACAAGGCCAUAAGUUACUUGUUCUUAUUGUAUAAAUCUGUUUUGCUGUAAAUGGUCAAGUGCAUUUCUUUGUUGUCAUGAAAACUUGUUUGGAUAUUAACAAUCAUUAUUAACUUGGCUUUCACAAAUACAGAGAUCCUUAUUUUUGUUCAUUUCCCUUACACAAGCUCACUCCUUUACCUCACCAGAGUGAGCUUCAGCUUUGGUGUCCUUCAGUGCAUCAUUCAGGAUGCAGAACUGCAGUUCUGUGGGUGGCACUUUGUUGGCCAGAAGGUUUAAGCCUAAGCCACAAAAGCUGAACUGACUGGUAAGAUACCAGACCUUUUUCAGUUGAAGUUGUGAAUUUAGAUUCUGCUUCAGUAUGUCAAGACUGUCCCAGCUAGCAGUAGGAAAUGAGUUCAUUGCAGUUCUUUGUGGGUGAAUCUUGAUUGUUAUUGAUGGAAACUCUGGUCAUGCUCAAUAGAACCUGGGAGCUACACAGGUAUUCUAGCCACAAUACCAUUUCUUGGGCAGAAAUAUGAGAAGUUUUAUGCAACCUGUGUCAUUCUUGUAGAUGAAACAUGCAUUUCUAAAGUUGUUAGGCACAUGAUACCAGCACUAAUUUAUCUUUUAAGAAGCGUUUUAAAGGUUGGGGUGUUUUCCCUCCCUGCAGUGGUGGUAAAUCUGUGUCUGCAAGAGGUCUUCUUGGACACAUAACUAAUGUGUCUGGGUUUGCUGGGACAACAGUAAUGCACUGGUUGAUACAUUGUAAAAGUUUGUAACAUCUUUUGAUAAACGUUGCAUUUUCCAUGUAAGGGCAGGUGUACGCAAAUAAAUUCAUUCAGGAGUUGAGCAAUUUCAUGUUGUAGCAAGUAUAUUAAAUCUUUGCUUUUGGUGUUUAUUGUGCUCACAAUUUUGUCUUAAUGCUAAAAAAUAUCACUUUUUAACUAUAUUUAAUGUUACUCAGUUAUCUUAUAAAAGAAGAAGUUAUGUUCAACCAGAUUAUUACAUGACACGGAGAAAUAGCAGUUGUGAGAUAUUCCCUGGUCAAGACUUACCAAGUAACAAUUAAUCCACUGUCUCCAGUGAUACCUGCAUAGACUCUGAGAGCAUAUGGAUGUCAGGUGAGGGAAAACUCAUGUUUCUGGAGGUUUACUCAAGUCUGCAGUUCAGAUACUUUCAUCUCAAGAUCAAAGUCCUUUUGUUGCAGUAGUUUCUGUAUCAGAGUUUCAAGGAGAUUGAUAGGCAGGAUGUAUUCACACAACAGAGAUAAUAUCAAUGCCAAGUUACCUUGCAUCCACGCCAUCAGGUUUGCAUCUUGCUCUGAAAGCAGAACACAAAUGCACUUUCUUUGGGGCUGUCUUAUCUCCUGCUUCAGUUUUGAUGUUGACAGAUUAUUGUAAAGUUCAAGUCAGUACAUGGAGCUCUUGCAGCCUUGUUUACUUUGGAUACUUUCACAGUGGGGUCUGUAUGACCGUGCAAAUCUGAUUUUUACUGGGUUUGCACGUGUCCUAAGCUAAACAGGAAGCAUUCUGAUUGUCUCAUUUCCAUUUUUUCCUAAUUGAUAAAAGCAUUAGUCUCAGUAAAAUUGUAUUUUUAAUGGAGGGAUUGUAGUUCUCUGUCCUGUGGCUUCCUGUGUGUAUAGUGCAGUACAGACUAGCCAUUCCUCUGUAUAUGCCACAUUUACUAAAUGAUGGGAUUGUUAUUGUGUUUCCUGGUGGCCAAGGAUUCUACAGUUUCAUGCUGCAGUAGUAUGGUUUCUGUUGGAAAUGUGUAUGUGCUUAUAAAUGGUUUAUUUCUCUGGUGUAAGUUGUGAAUGAGUAUACAGCACAGCAGUUGUUCUGUCUCUAAAGAUACGCAGCUUGAGAAAGAAGUGUAUUAAAAUAUUAUUCCCCUCUGC